GCACGAUUAAGCAACGCCCCAGUCUGAGAAGAAGGGCGAUGUUUUGGUUUAUGUGGUAUUUAUUUUAGAAAUCUUGAACAUUUACAGCAAAUUUGAAGUAGGAUUUCUUUGUUUUCAUCUCUGCCAUUGUCCGUCUUGUCUCCAGGAGCAGGCAGGAUGUCUGUGAGCAGGACCACAGCUGAUGGGGUCACUGUGAUCACUUUGACCUCAGACCCCAAAAGCCUUUGUCCCCCUUUUUGCCAAGUCAUUAAAAAUCUUUGCUACAGUCCUCCAUGCUUCUCCUUAUCUCAGGACCUGCGGAGGGUCCAGGGAGCUUCUCAGUCAAUACUGGGGGCUCUGCAAAUUCUGAUUGGCUUGCUGAACAUUGCUUUGGGUGCAAUCGUCAUCUGCAAUACCCCGUUAUGGCCCGGCUAUGACUACAUAUUUCCUUUCUGGAUAGGAGGAAUGUUCAUUUUAUUUGGUGGCAUGUGCAUCUUGUCUGAAAAGCACCCCAGUCCUUGUGUGGCCGUCCUUAAUGUGAUUCUGAAUCUAUCAGGAGCUGGUUUUGCCAUCGCAGGCAUCAUUCUCAACAGCAUCAAUUUAGCCAUUGCUGCGUUUUGGCUUUGUGAACAAGACUUCAACGAUGACUCUGGGUUCUAUGGAGACGCAACUCCGUCUCCUCGGGAGAACACCAUGACCGACAAAUGCCUCAUAGCAGAAGAGUUCUUCCUGGGGCUCUAUAGAGGCAUUUUUGCCUUGAUGAUUGCCCUGUCAGUCCUGGAGUUCUUCAUCACCAUCAGCUCUGCCGUGCUGGGGAUCAAGGCUCUGUGCAGCACCAAAAUGGGACAAAACAAGAGCCCUGAUGAGCAAGAACACUACCAAAAGCUGCAGAAGGAUGUCACCAGUAACCCUGUGGCCUGAAGCAAAAUCUCCUCCAUGUGCCAUCAGUUAAAGGACACUACAGUAUAAUCCUAUGCAUUUAUAUCAUUGACCUAACUAUACGUAGCAGAAAUGAGUUACAAAAAUUCAGUAUGUUUAGUCUUUACUGCACUUCUCUUUCCUUUCUGCUUAAAAUGUUUGCACUUAUAUUUUAGAGAAUUUUAAAUGCUGUGCACUUUAUAAGACGUGAUGCUCUCCCUUUAAUUCUCUCUUAUUUUUUUAAUGACAUACACAUGAGGACAAAAUUAUUAGCCCCCCUAUGAAAAUUUGAGUUUUCCUCGAGAUUUUCCCAAGUGCUGUUAAACAGAGAGUUUUUAACACCGCUUCUCCAAACAUCCUAGUUUUAUUUUGAUACAUUAUUUUACUUUGCACUCAAAAACAAAAGUAUUUUACUAAACCCAAAAACUACCAGGGUCUAAAUUGUUAGCCCCCUUCAGAACUGACUUUUUAGUCAAGCCAAAGCAAAAACCACUGUUACUCAAUGAUGUGCCUUCAGUUUACAAUGCUCAAAGCUUUUAAAUCAAGUUAAAACCAGCAGUUAUUUCCCAGUUUACACACAUUAUAAAAGCCUCUGAAAGGGUUUGAGCUGUAACUUGAGAAGGCACCGGGCCAUAAACAAAAGAAAUCGGUUUAGAAGUGAGAAAAAGAAUUGUCCAUGCUCACAAAGCAGGAGAAGGAGCUACAAAAUUAUUACAGCGUUUCCAAGCAUAAAGAGCUGGAGUGAGAAGUAAAAUCAAGAAAUUCAGAGAGCCACACAGUCUAGACCAAGCCUGGCAGAGAGAGGAAGAGAAAGAUUUCAAAGACUCUGGAAAAAAAUGGUGAGAGAUGUGUCCAAAGACCCCAGAACAACUGCCAAGAUACUAGUGAAGGACUUAGCCAAGUCAGGAACUGUAGUCUCUGAGAAGACCAUCACUAGAGCCCUGCACAGGAAUGGACUGGGAGGUUGCAGACCAAGAAAAACUCCCCUUUAGCAGAAGACCUUCAAACCAGACUGAAGUCUGGUAAGGACAACCUGGAGAAGGAUUAUGAAUCCUGGAAGUGUGUCCUUUGGUUAAAUUAAACUAAACUAGAGCUCUUUGGCCAGAGAGACAUUGGUGAUGUUUAGAGAAAGAAGGGAGAGGCCAUGAAGAAAGAAGGAUAUGUGGAGAUUUGAAGGAAAACCUUAGCAAGUCAGCAGCAAGACUGGGUCUAUGCUGUCACUUUUUCUACCAUCACGACAACAACCCAACAUAUACGUCACUCUUGGUGAGGAACUACCUUCAGAAGGCCAAAGUGAGCGUUAUUGAGUGGCCUGCACAAAGCCCUGACUUAACUCCCAUUGGAAAUCUGUGGGGUGAACUGAAGACGAAGGUCCAUGCCAGAAGGUCGUGAAAUCUGGAGGAGCUUGAGAGACUGACCAAAGAAGAACGGGCUGGGAUUCUUCAGGAGACGUGUCAGAGACUUGUUGAAAACUACAACAAAUGACUGCAGGCUGUUAUUCAGCAAAACGGAGACACAGCUGACUGUUAGCGAGGGGGGCUAAUAAUUUAGACCCUGGUAGUUCUUGUUUUUUGUGGAAUAUUUUCAUUUCUAUGUGCAAAGUAAAAUAAUUUCAGCCUCCAAAAUAAAACUAGGAUGUUUGAAAAAGCUGUGUUAAAAAUUCUUUGCUGUGUUUAUCAGCACUUGAAAAAUAUGUUUAAAUCAAUGACAUUUUCAUUGGGGUGAAUAAUUUUGUCCUCAUGUAUAUGUCUAAUAUUUUAUAAGUCAUCUAUUAAGCAGUGUGCCUUAUGGGUAGUAGGUUGUUAGCUGAAAAGAUGUGUCAAUCAUGUAGGUUACAUUGUUUUUAUUUUGUAGAAGUUAUCCAUUUGGAAAAUAAAGACCUCCAAAGAUA